AUGACCAGCACAACUUCGGAUGACUCCCGUCUCGACCGGGCCCCGAAAGACACGGGGCCCGUCGACAUUGAACGACGAGCUGUAGCCGAGGCGCACCUGCAAAACACGACGGUCCGGAACAUCAGCUGGCGCGGCGUCACUGUUACUGUCAAAGACCGAGAGACGAAGCUCCCCAAGGCCAUUGUUGAAAACGUCGAGGGCAUCGUCGAGGCUGGCGAGAUAUGUGCCUUGAUGGGCCCUUCGGGCUGCGGCAAGACGACUCUCCUCAACGUGCUCGCAUCGCGGCCCACGGGCGCCCUUAAGGUCGAGAGCACCGUGCUGGUCAACGGCGUCGGGCCCUCUCGCGCGGCCUUCCGCGAGAUGAGCCGGUUCGUCGAGCAGGACGACGCCCUGAUCGGCGCGCUGACGGUGCGGGAGACGCUCAACUUCGCGUCGCGGCUCGCCAGCACGAGCUCGCUGCCCAAGAGGGAGCGCAUCGCCCGCAUCGACGGGCUCCUCGACUCGUUCGGCCUCGUCGAGCAGGCCGACACCCUCAUCGGCACCCCUAUCCGCAAGGGCAUCAGCGGCGGCCAGAAGCGCCGCGUCGGCGUCGCCAGCCAGCUCAUCACGAGCCCCAAGAUCCUGUUCCUCGACGAGCCCACCAGCGGCCUCGACUCGGCAGCCAGCUGGGAGGUCGUCAACUAUCUGAAGGGUGUGGCCAAGAGGAACAAUCUCAUCGUCAUCGCUUCCAUCCACCAGCCGAGCACGUCGACCUUCAACUUGUUCGAUAAGCUGCUACUCCUGUCGGCCGGCAAGACGCACUACUUUGGCCCUGUGGCCGUCGUCGGGCCGCACUACAAUUCGCUCGGCCUCGAGUUGCCUCUGCAGGUCAACCCUGCCGAGUUCCUGCUCGAGCUGGUCAACGUGGACUUUGCGGCGACGCGCCAUCGGCGCCUCGAGCAGAUGCAGCACGCCUGGGCGGCGUCCCGGCGGGCCGCAGAGCUCGCCGCGGCUGUCGCCGACGUCGAGGCUAAGGGCGCAGCCCUGUCUUCUUUUUCGGACACGACGCUCGAGCUCGCAGCCGCCGAAAAGAGACCCAGCGCGCCCAGCUUGGUCCUGACGCUCCUCCAUCGCAGCUUUGUCAAGAGCUACCGCGACGUGGUUGUCUAUGGCAUCCGCCUGGCCAUGUACACAGGCCUCGCCAUCAUGAUGGGCACCGUCUGGCUGCGGCUCGGUGCCGACCAGUCCUCCAUCAUCCCCCUGACCAACGCCAUUUUCUUCGGGAGCGCGUUCAUGUCCUUCAUGGCCGUAGCAUAUUGCCCUGCCUUUCUCGAGGACUACGAGCAGUUCCUCAAGGAGAAGCGCAACGGGCUCUACGGCGCGACCGAGCUGGUGAUCUCAAAUUUCCUGAUUGGGACACCAUACCUGUUCGUCUUCUCCGUAGUCUUCUCAGCUAUCUCGUACUGGCUGUCUAACUUCCAGCCGACGGCGCGCGCCUUCUUCACGUGGGUGCUGUGGCUGUUCCUCGACCUGCUGGCGGCCGAGGGCCUGGUGGUGCUGGUGACGUCGGCGUUCCCCGUCUUCGUCAUCGCGCUGGCGCUGGUCGCGUUCGCCAACGGCCUGUGGAUGAGCGUCGACGGCUUCAUGGUGCCGCCGACGGUGCUCAACGUCUUCUACCGCUACGUGUUCCACUUCUGGGACUACCAAAAGUACGUCUUUGAGAACAUGAUGGUCAACGAGUUCGCCGACAGGGUCUAUGCGUGCGCUUCCGCCAGUUUGCCUGGGGGUGAUUGCCAGUGCAUGUGGCAGACCGACCUCGCGGACCAGUGCCUCAUCCGCGGCCAGGGCGUGCUAGAUCAGUAUGGCUAUCGCCCCGGGUACAUGGGUAAGGAUGUGGGUAUUAUGAUGGGCAUUAUUGCCGGGUACCGCAUCGCCGCGUGGCUGGUCUUGAAGCUGAAGAGGUGA